AUGGCUGAGAAAUUACAACAAGUUAGUGAUAUCUUUAAUCAACUAUGCACAGAGGUGGAUUUGACCAAGAAGAGUUAUCAAGUCGCAUUGAUUUCUAUUUGUUUCAACCCAAUCUUUUGGAACAUUGUCGCUAGAACUGAAUACACUACACAUUUUUUGACAAAAUUAGCAGGUGGUCCAAAGAAAGGUUGUUAUUUAUUAGCUGCUACUAUUUUCUCAUUAGGUAUUUUUAGAGAUUAUCUAUACGAACAAGCAUUAAGAGAACAAGUCACAUCUGAUUUGUUAACUGGUGAUCAAUUCAAAUAUCUUGGUUAUCUAUUCUUUGGAUUAGGUAACUUGUUUGUUUUAACAUCAAUGUAUGCUUUAGGUAUAACUGGUACUUACCUUGGUGAUUAUUUUGGAAUCUUGAUGGACGAAAGAGUUACCGGAUUCCCAUUCAACGUGUUGGAUAAUCCAAUGUAUGUUGGAUCAACUUUAUCAUUCUUGGGUACUGCAUUAUACUUUGGUAAACCUGCUGGGCUAUUUGCAACACUAGUUGUUCAUUUAUUGUACAGUAUUGCACUGAAAUUUGAAGAACCAUUCACUGCUGAAAUUUAUGCUAAACGUGAAGCAAAGAGAAAUGGAAAGAAAGCUGAAUAGAGUAAUACCACCGAAUAUGAAAUAUCACAUCGUGGUUAAUAAUGUUGCUUGUAGAUCUUGAACUUUGAACUUUGACUCGAACGCUCAAACAGAUUAUCGAAAGUACUUCAACUCUUCAAUAACUCGCCUUCGGUAUAGAGAGAAGUGCGAUUCGCGAACGUUACAAAAAUCAAUUUUUGCUCUACAUUCAAGAUUUUGACGACAUUAAAACAACAAUAACAUCAACACCACUCCUUAAAAACACAAUCUAUAACAUACAGAUGGACAAUUGCAAGCUAACAAUUAAAUAUAUAUAAAAAAGUAUAAAAAAAAACAACAAAUAAC